AUGGACGCCAUCGCGCCGACCUCUACCCACCCUUCUGACGAAAAACCGAGCCGCGCGGAGGCCGAAGCGGCCGUCCUGACGCUUCUGAAGUGGAUCGGCGACGAUCCGGCGCGCGAAGGGCUGACCGAUACGCCCGCGCGCGUGGUCAAGGCCUAUGAGGAGAUGUUCGGCGGCUAUGACAGCGAUCCGGCCGACAUUCUGGGCCGCACAUUCGAGGAAGUGGCCGGCUAUGACGAUAUCGUCCUGGUCAAGGAUAUCGCGUUCCACUCGCACUGCGAACAUCACAUGGUGCCGAUCAUCGGAAAGGCGCAUGUAGCCUAUCUGCCGCGCGAACGCGUGCUGGGCCUUUCCAAGAUCGUGCGGGUGGUCGACAUUUUUGCCCGGCGCCUUCAGACCCAGGAGACGAUGACGGCGCAGAUCGCGACAUCCAUCGACGAUGCGCUGGCGCCGCGCGGCGUUGCCGUGAUGGUCGAGGCCGAACAUAUGUGCAUGGCGAUGCGCGGCAUCCGCAAGCACGGCUCGACGACGAUCACCACGCGGUUCACCGGCGCGUUCGACGAUCCCGCAUGGCAAAACCGCUUCACCGAUCUGAUCCGCACCCGCUGA